ACUAUCCUCCGCUGGUAUAUCCGACGAGAUUUCCUCUUGGUUUUGGAACUUGUCUUCCUACGCCUAUCAUGUAAACCUUUCUCACAACCAAAUCCAUGGACAGAUCCCAAACAUUCCAAAAUUUCAUCUUCUUGUCUCUUCGGUUAUCUUAAACUCCAAUAAAUUUAGCGGUCCAUUGCCCAUUGUCUCUCCUAGUGUAAAUAUGCUAGAUCUUUCCAACAAUUCAUUUUCAGGAGAUAUUUCUAACUUCCUGUGUCACUCCAGUGACAAUCCGCAUCGACUGGAAAUUCUUCAACUUGAUGAAAAUGUUUUGUCAGGAAAUAUUCCAGAAUGUUGGAUGAAUUGGCGGUGGUUAGAAUUCAUCAAUUUACAAAAUAACAAUUUAACUGGGACCAUUCCGAGCUCCAUGGGAUUUCUAAGUAGUUUACAAUCAUUACACCUACGCAAUAAUAGCCUCUCUGGAGAACUACCUUUAUCUUUACAAAACUGCACAAAUUUAUUGACAAUUGACUUGGGUGAGAAUAAGUUUGCUGGAAGAAUACCAUUGUGGAUUGGGAAAAGGCUUUCAAAAUUAAUAGUUCUUAGACUUCGUUCAAAUAAAUUUGAUGGCAAAAUUCCUCGUGAAAUUUGUCACCUCACAUCUCUUCAAAUCUUGGAUCUUGCACACAACAAUUUGUCAGGAGCAAUACCGCGGUGUAUCGACAAAUUCACUGCCAUGGCACUGAAAGGGAACUUAAUUGAUGAUGAUGGUAGUCUCAUUAUCCGAUCCAAUUUUACUGGACUGUUGGAGAAUGCAUUUGUAGUAACAAAAGGAAGAGAGAUCCAAUACGACACCAUUCUCAUGUUUGCAACCAGUAUAGACUUUUCAAGUAACAUCUUAUCAGGACAAAUACCCGAGGAGGUAACAAGUCUCUUGUUCUUGCGAUCGCUAAAUUUAUCGGGAAAUCAUUUGACAAGUUUGAUUCCAGGUACCAUUGGUAAUAUGGUACAGUUGGAGUCUCUUGAUUUAUCAAGGAAUCAACUUUCUAGUGAAAUCCCGACAAGUAUGUCCAAUAUGACAUUUUUGAGUUACUUGAAUUUGUCAUAUAAUUACUUAUCCGGAAAAAUUUCAUCCAGCACUCAACUCCAGAGCUUCAGUACUUCUAGCUUCAUCGGAAACAACCUCUGUGGACCUCCUGUCACAAACACUUGCAGUGUGAAUGAUGUAAUCCCUAAGAUUCAAAAUGGAAGAGACAAAGGCAAUGAACCUGAAGUGGAUUGGUUUUAUUUGAGUUUGGCGCUAGGAUUUGAAGUUGGUUUUUGGGGUGUCUGUGGUCCUUUAUUAUACAGCAAAUCAUCGAGAUUUUCCUAUUUUCAUUCUUUAGAUCACAUGUGGUACAAAAUUACCGGUUGUAUUAGUAGUAAGUUCUAAAGUGUCCAUGGAUUACAACAUUUAAUUGAAUGCUGUGCUUUAGGCCUUCACAUAUAAUAAAACUGCUACUUUUAUUGGGGUGUGGUUG